AGUGUAGUGCAAAUCAUUCGAAAGUGAAGUCACUUGACGUGGUGGGAUAAAAAUGAUAAUUUCCAGGAAAAGCUGGAGAAUUUACCUCAAUUCCUGGCCAAAAGUUCUAAAAAUUUAUUAAAAAUGAAUCAGGAAAGCCCGGAGCAGGGCACCUCGGAUGGAAAAAAGGCGAGUCCCUUCGAGGGAAUGUCCCGUGAGGAGCUAGUGAGGAAAUGCAAGUUCCUGCUGAGUCUUAUACAGAAGACUAAGCAAUCGAAAGAAGAAUUGGUGGAAGAAAAUAAAAACCUGAAGGAAGAUAUCAAUAAUUAUGAAUCACAGAAGAGUGCUGAUAAGAAAUGCCUCAAAGCCAUGCAGGAAGUUGUGGAGUCACUGACUGAAAACAAGCUCAAUGCCACGAUAAAAAUUAGUGAGCUUGAGGGUGUAAUAAAAUCCCUGGAGGGAAAGCUGAAGGAAGCUUGUGUUGAGAGGGAGAAAUCCCUGGAGGGAUUGUCUAUUGAAAAUGAAGCUCUUAAGAGACAAAUUAACAGAUUAACUGAGGAAAAUGACUCCCUGGCUGCUGAUUUUACUUCGAUGGAUGUUAAACUGAAGGAAGUUAGUAAGAUUGGAGUGGAACAGCAGAAUUUGUUGAUUCAGCUUAGGGAAGCUACUUCCAGCAGAGAAAAAGAUAGUCAAAUUCUCGAAGAGACUCGAGCAAAAUUGGCUAGAGUUUCUGAAGACAACACAAAAUUGUUGGAAGACCUCAAGAGCCUCAAGGAUGAACACAAUAGGAAACUCUCCGAGAGUCAAGCUUUGGAGGAAAAGUACCAGAAGGAGAUGGAAAAAUCAGCUGCGAAAAUGAAACUCUACCGAGGGAAGAUUAUCGAGAUGUCGUCCAAACUGAAGCAAUUGAAGCAAUCCUACAAGACUGUGGUGGAAAUCGUUAAGGAUUAUUCUGUCACAAUUCCAGGAUGGCAGAAGGAGAUGCAAAAAGUGGCCAGUAAAAUGAAGAAAUUCAUUGAAGAACGUGAUGUAGAAAUGGAAAAAUUCAGUGAGAAAAUCAAAGAGUUGGAAUUAUUGAAGGAGCAACAAAGUGCAGAUGAUCAAUCGCAAGAGAUUGCAGCUUGCAAAAUAGUGAUAAAGGAACUUGAAUCAAAAAUCAAGGAGCUGAAUGUAAAGCUAUCAGAGAAAGAGGAAGAGUAUAAAAAAUCCUUCGAACAGUAUUCAAAAUCAAAAGAAGAAGAACACAAAGAAAGCCUCCUGGAAGCUGAGAAGAAAGUACAGCAAUUGGAAAGUGCUCUGAAGGAGGCAGAAGUCCAGAGAGAACACGCAAGGAAGUUAAUAGAAGAAAAUCACAGAGAAAGCAUUGAGAGCAUGAAGAAAGAAAUCCAAGACAUCACAGAAAAAUCACAAAAUCUCGAGGAGAAAUUGAAAGGAAAGGAAAGCGAGUGCGAAAAGCUGGCAGAAUCCUUGGAAAAUGAGACGAAGAACAUAAUUGAAAGUCAAAAGAAAGACGUGGAGAAGUUCCAUGAAGAAAUCUUGAAGCUCUCUGAACAUUCUAAGGUCCUAGAGUCUGCUCUGAAUGAGAAAGAGCAAUACAACGUCCAAUUAGCUGAGUCCUUUAACGAGCAAUCCAACGCUAUGAAGGAAAAUUAUGAAAAAGAAAUAGAAAAUCUUCGAUUUAAAAUUAAGGAAUUUUCUGAUAAAUGUUCUGAACUUGAGCAGAAGUUUAAAGAACAGGGGCUUGAGAAAUUCCAACAAGAACAGUCAAAUACUGAACUGGAAAAUCGAAUGAAGCAACUUGAAGAUCUUCAAAAGCAAUGCAACAGCAAGGAGAUGGAAUUAACCAAAUUUAGGGAAGAAGCGGAAGAGCAGUUGAAGAUGCUUAAGGAAAAUCAUAGCCAGGAAGUGCAAAAUCUUCAAGGAAAACUUCGUGAAAUGGCUGAACGAUCCCAUAAAUUAGAAGAAGACUUCAAGCAGAAGGAAGCAGAGAAAGAAGCGGAGUUAUCCAGGAUGACGAAAGAAAAGGAAGAGCAAUCAAACACCCUUAAAGCAAAUCAGAACCAGAAAAUCCACGAUCUUCAAGAAAAACUUCGUGAAUUGGCUGAACGAUCCCAUAAAUUGGAAGAAGUGAAGCAGAAGGAAGCAGAGAAAGAAGCUGAGUUAUCCAGGAUAACGAAAGAAAAGGAAGAGCAAUCAAACAUCCUUAAAGCAAAUCAGAACCAGAAAAUUCAGGAUCUUCAAGAAAAACUUCGUCAAAUGGCUGAACGAUCCCAUAAAUUAGAAGAAGAAGUGAAGCAGAAGGAAACAGAGAAAGAAGCGGAGUUAUCUAGGAUGACGAAAGAAAAGGAAGAGCAAUCAAACACCCUUAAAGCAAAUCAGAACCAGAAAAUUCAGGAUCUUCAAGAAAAACUUCGUCAAAUGGCUGAACGAUCCCAUAAAUUGGAAGAAGAAGUAAAGCAGAAGGAAGCAGAGAAAGAAGCGGAGUUAUCCAGGAUGACGAAAGAAAAGGAAGAGCAAUCAAACACCCUUAAAGCAAAUCAGAACCAGAAAAUCCACGAUCUUCAAGAAAAACUUCGUCAAAUGGCUGAACGAUCCCAUAAAUUGGAAGAAGAAUUGAAGCAGAAAGAAGCAGAGAAAGAAGCGGAGUUAUCCAGGAUGACGAAAGAAAAGGAAGAGCAAUCUAACAACCUUAAAGCAAAUCAGGACCAGAAAAUUCAGGAUCUUCAAGAAAAACUUCGUGAAUUGGCUGAACGAUCCCAUAAAUUGGAAGAAGAAUUGAAGCAGAAGGAAGCAGAGAAAGAAGCGGAGUUAUCCAGGAUGACGAAAGAAAAAGAAGAGCAGUCCAACACGUUCAAAGAAAAUCACAGCCAGGAAGUUCAAGAUCUUCAAGAAAAACUUCGUCAAAUGGCUGAACAAUCCCAAAAAUUAGAGGAAGAAAUCAAGCAGAAGGAAGCAGAUUGCCUUAAAAUUACCGAAUGCUUCGAGAAACAAGCCCUAUCUCUCAAUGAAGAUCAGAAAAGUAAAUUUGAGAACCUCCAGCUUCAAGUUCAGGAAUUAACAGAGAAGAAGCUCUCUACUGAGAAUCUUCUUCAGAAGAAAGAAGCAGAAAUUGAAGAGUUGACGAAAUCAUUUGAAGAGAAACUGAGAACAAUUCUAGAAAAACAUGAGAAAGAAAACGCUAAGCUUCAAAAAGAAGUUGAAGAUUUGGAAGCUAAAUCUUCAGAAUUGGUGAUAAGAAUUCAAGAAAAAGAACAGUUCCUGGAUGAACAAAGCCAAGAACUGAAGAAGUCUCAAAAGGAAGCUGAACAGAAACAAGCUGAACUGGAGAAGCACAAGUUCCAGCUUGAAGAAAUGGAAUCGCGGUAUAAGCUAGAGAAUGGGGAUCUGCUGAAGGAAAUGAAGGAGAUUAAUGAAGUUCUGAAGGAACGUGGGGAGAUGAUAUCAAGGCAGGAACUUGAUUUAGAGUCACUGAAGGCCGCAAAUGACAAGCUAGCUGUUCAACUCCAUGAAGCUGAGCAGAGAAUUGAAGAACUGCAGAAGCGUCAACUUUCCUCUCCUGAUCCUAACACAUCGUCUUCCCAGAUGCAUCUGGAGGAAUCCACAGAAUCCACUUCAGGAGAAAAUUUCGAAGAAAAGUACGGAAAACUUCGUGUCCUGGCGCAAAAACUUAAGAAGAAAGUCAGUGAACAAAAUGCUCAAAUCGCUGCAUUGGAAGCUGAAGGGAAGGAUCGUGAGAAUCUCCAGAAAGAGAAUGAAAAAUUGAGGACAACAGUUGAGAAACUCGAUUCAAAUUCAGGAGAUCUUGGUGAAUUGAAAUCGCUGAAGAAGGAGAAAGAAGCUUUUCUGAUCACGCAGCGACAGCUUCAGAAGGAGAUUGACGAAUUGCGAAAGAACUUGGCAGAGAGUAAGAAUCAACACAAAGAGGCCGUUCAGAGGGAGCAGAACAUGAAGAGUGAACUGGAGAAGUCUAAAGCUGUAGCUAAGAAAUCUAAUGUUCUCUCCUUGGAAAUUGAUGCUUACGAGAAAUCCCUCAAUGAAGUAUCACAGAAACUCGAUGCUAAGAAGAAUCAAGUCGCAGAUCUUGAAACGAGUCUAGAGACUCAACGUGAAUCCAUAAAAGUGUUGAAUGAUCAGAUACGUGUUCUCGAGGAGAGCCUCAAAUCUGAACAAACUCACUCAGUUGAACUGAAGAAGCAAAUUGAUUCGCAGCAGAAGAAGCUCAGAGAAAGUGAUCACGAUAAAACAGAAUUGCGCAUGAAGCUCGAUCAGGCAACCAAGGAAAUUGAGAAUGGUCGUCAGGAUCUAGAAGAGAUUCGUGGGCAAUUGUCUGAGAAAGGUAGAGAAACUGAGAAAGUAGGCUCAACUCUUCAGGCUGAACGAGAUAAAUUCAUGAGGCAGGUGUUCAAUCUCGAAGAAGAAAUUACAAGGCUACGAACGGAAAUGUCAGAGAAGACAAAGGAAUUGGAAGAGACUCUAGCAGAAUUUUCCAACUAUAAAGUUCGUGCUCAGGCUGUUCUUAUGAAGAAACACGAGACAAAGGAUACAAGUCGUGAGAGAGAUCUUGAAGAAGAAGUUGCAGCUCUUCAGAGUACAGUGAACAGUUUGAACAAUCGCCAUGGAGCCCUAAAGCAGCAGCAUGAUGAACUUGAGCGUAUGGUGAAAGUGUUUCAGGAUGAUAAAGUCCGUUCGCAGACGCGUCUCAAGGAGUUGAUGACACAACUCGAGGAAACACGUUUAACCAACGAGAGUCUCAUCGAGGCCAACAAGAAACAACUACAGGAUCAUCAAGAAGCUCUGAAAGUCCAGCGUCUUCACAUUGAAACACUCAAUGCGUGCUUCAAGACCCAAAUUGAUGAUCUACACGAGAAGUACUCCAAGGAAUUGGCCAAUAUUCGAGUUCAACCAGAAGUUCCUACUGAAACAGCCAAUAUUCCUGAUGUACGAAAAGAAGAACGAGCGAGAUUUCCUUUUGAUCUGGCCACAACGGAUGAACAGAAAAUGGACCUCAUGCUGAUGGAACGAGAAGAUGGAGAGGGAUCAGAAAAUACCUCCCAAUCAUCCAAUGCAGUAACACGAAAAAUUAGUCGAGGACGUCGAGACUUGAUUCCACUGGAUGAACUUCUCAAUUCACCAUUUGAAGAUCAUGCGCCUACUUACGAGGGUGCCGUAGGCGGAUCUGUUUCGCCAAAUGCCGAACUCCAGGCAACGAAGGAGAAGUUGCAGGCCAGUGAAAAUCACAUUAAACACUUAACUGCUCUUCUGGCAGAAGCUGAGCAGGACUUGGCUAAGUUGACGCAACUCAAUGAGAUGCUGAAGGAGGAAGUGCGGCGACAACAGAGAUCCCUCGAACGGGAGGCUCACUUGCAUAAUUCCGAGUAUUUGAAGAAUGUCAUUUUCAAGUUCCUGACUCUUAGCAAUGGUGAUGAGAAGGCUCAUCUGGUACCUGUGCUGAAUACAAUUCUUAAGCUGAGUCCAGAAGAGACACAGAAGCUGCAAUCUGUAGCACGAGGUGGUGAAGGACUCGGUUGGAGCAGUUUUCUUCCUAUUUGGUCUAAUCAUCAAUAAAUUGGAUUAAAAUUUUGUGUUAAAUUGUAAAAAUGAUUUUAAAAUAGAAAAAUUCAACAGAAA